AUGAAACCCAUUCUCACUCCUCUGUUCCUUCCCGUGUUUCUGCACAUCAUCACCGUACACGUGGCCGGUGACACUUCUCCUAUCUACACUCCGGUCGACGAUAUCACCGUUCAAUGUGGCUUUUCCGGCCACCAACUCAACACAGAGGAUAACAGAACUUGGACUGGAGAUAUCAACUCAGAGUUCUCCCCCUAUGAAGACGAACCAGCUGGCAGCUCCUCCACAUACAGACAAGCCCCUUCUUCCUCACCUGUAAACCAACUACCUUACAGCACCGCGAGGCUUUCUCUCCAUGAGUUUUGGUACGAAUUUCCAGUCACCAGCGGCCAAAAGUUCGUCCGUUUGUAUUUCAACCCAGUUUCAUAUGGCCCUGACUUCGACCGAUCCAACGCUCUCUUCUCAGUCACAGCAGGUGGUUUCACCCUUCUCGAAGACUUCAAUGCUUCAGUCACUGCUGAUGCUUUUGGGUUGGAUACAAUUUACAGAGAGUUCUGUCUCAACGUUGAGUCAUAUGAGAGCUUGAACAUUGUUUUCACUCCAAGCAGCGCAACCCAAUAUACGUAUGCUUUUAUCAACGGAAUUGAAAUUGUGUCCAUGCCCAACAAUCUUUACUACACCUCUGCUCUAAAUUCAGAUGGAGUUAAUUAUAUAGGCAGCGGAAUCACAUUUCGGAUCGACAACGGCACUGCGCUGGAGAUGGUGUACCGAUUCAACGUCGGUGGAAGAUCACUGUUUUUCAAGCAGGACACUGGUAUGUACCGAAACUGGGAAGGCGAGCGAGAAGAGAACAAGUACUUAGACGAUUUAAGCUCUAAGUCUAGUGUUUUACCAGAAAACAGUAGUAUCGAACUCAAGUUUGCUGAAAUAGCAGAGUACUCUGCUCCAGAAGAACUUUACCAUACUGGCCGGUCUAUGGGCAUGAACAAGACCAUAAACAAGAGCUAUAAUCUCACCUGGGAGUUCCCUGUCGAUCCCAAGUUUUUCUACCUGGUUAGGCUUCAUUUUUGUGAGUUUGAACCUGACAUUGCCAAUCCCGGAGACCGAAAUUUUCUAAUCUACAUAGCCAACGUUCUCGAUGAAGAAGAAGCAGAUAUCAUCAUGUGGGGUGAUGGAAAUGGGAGACCAGUGUACCGUGACUACGUUGUGUUCGUGACAUACCCUGCAGCUUCAGAAAGGCAGAAGAAAGUACAUCUCUCCAUUGCACUGCAAGCAAACCCAAAAGAUUUUAUGACCAACUACAACGAUGCAGUCUUGAAUGGGCUCGAGAUCUUCAAACUCAGUGACACAAAUGGGAAUCUUGCCGGACCCAAUCCCGACCCACCUCUUCUAAUAACCCCACGAGUGAUAGCUCCACCGCAAAGCAGUAAAUUUUCGAAUAAGAGUUCAACUUCUCUAAUUGCUAUCAUUGGUGGUCUAGUUUCCGGCGUGCUUGUUUUAGGCUCUGUUCUCGGGUUUUUCUUGGUGUUCAGGCGAGGAAGAAAAAACAAGGACUCGAGCUCCAACCAGGGAAUGAAAUGGGAUCCAUUUUCUUUUCCGGCGACCCACAGAACAUAUGGACCGUCUUAUUUGUGUCGUUACUUUACACUGGCUGAGAUCAAAGCCGCCACUCGAAACUUCGAUGACAGUUUUAUUAUUGGAGUUGGAGGAUUUGGUAACGUGUACAAAGGAUGCAUUGAUGAUGGGGCCACUCUCGCUGCAAUCAAACGGCUAAAAUCUGAGUCAUCACAAGGCGCCCACGAGUUCAAGACGGAAAUCGAGCUGCUCUCUCAGUUCCGCCACCGCCAUUUGGUGUCUCUCAUCGGAUAUUGUAAGGACGGCAAUGAGAUGGUAUUGGUGUACGAUUACAUGUCACGUGGGACCCUCGCCAGCCAUCUCUACCACACUGACAACCCCCCUCUUUCUUGGGAUCAGCGUCUCCAAAUUUGUAUCGGCGCUGCAAUAGGGUUGCACUACCUUCACAGCGGCACCAAGGGCACCAUCAUCCACCGUGACGUGAAGAGCACAAACAUUUUAUUGAAUGAGAAAUGGGUGGCCAAAAUUUCAGACUUCGGAUUGUCAAAAAUGAGCACAAUCAACACGUCCAAGACCCACAUUAGUACGAUGGUGAAAGGCAGCUUCGGGUACUUAGACCCCGAAUACUACAAACGUCAACGGCUAACUGAGAAGUCAGACGUGUAUUCAUUUGGUGUAGUGUUGUGUGAGGUACUGUGUGCAAGGCCGGCUGUGAUGCAUAAUGUGGAGCUGAUGCAAAUAAAUUUGGCUGAAUGGGCCAAGAGCUGUCAUCGCGACGGGGAACUUGAUCAAAUUAUUGAUCCAAGCAUUAGGGGUGAGAUUGAAAUACAGUCCCUGAAUAAGUUCAUUGAGAUCGCUAUGAGUUGCCUGAAUGACAGUGGAAUCGAACGCCCGUCAAUGAAUGAUGUUGUGAGGGGACUUGAGCUUGCAUUUCAGCUCCAUCGCAACUGCUUUGAAAGGAGCAAUGAGGUUGCCUUCAACAAUGACAGUGCUGCAGAAAUUAGAAGUGUUGAGCCAGGUUGCGCUACAAAUGAAUCCAUUCAAUGUAUAUCUGAGACGAUCUUUUCUGAGAUCAAUGAUCCAAAUGGGAGAUAA